AGGCCACCUGCCGCCAGGCGAGCAGCAUCAGCGGGACAUAUGCAGUCCGCGGGGCCAUCGUCAGCGACUAUAGCGCCAAUUGGACGUGCUUCGCCGGAUAACCACUGGCAACCUGGUAUGCCUCUACCCGGGCCCCCACCAAACCCUCCUCUGCCCGGAGUGCGGUCACAAAGUCUGAACCGACCACUUGGUGGCUCAAGUUCGAGCAUCGAAGCCUCAGAUCGGCCACUCGGUCCUCCAAGAUCGAGAAGAACUGUCGCAGCUCCAAGUCUUGGUCCAGUGCCGCCGACUCCAGCUGGCUGGGUGGAACAUGAUGCUUCGAGUGGAGAGCCCGAGCCCCCUUUACCGCAGCAGCAGUUUCCCCAAUCAGCUGCAGAUUAUCAGCCUCUGCGCAUUGACACUGGUAGUUCGCCACAAACCGCUUCUCGCGAGAACUCUCUCGCUCGUCGCCCCGCGAAAAGAGAUACGAGUUCUCAAGGCAUCAGAGAGAGAAGAUCUAGGAGUCGCGCAGCGAAGGGGACUUUGGACGAGGACGACUCGAAGCCUGCUAACCUUAUUUUCGAUCCUCUUGAAGGAUCGAUUAGCCGUAGACGUGAACACAUGAGGACUGCAUCAGGUAUCAACUCGCCCUCCUCAGCAUCGAGCCUCCCAGCACAACAAAGUCAAGUGGCGCCGAACAACGCUUCAAACAUUCUCACGCCUCCAUACACGCCAGCUAUCGGGAAGCAAACAGGCGCGACAGCACCGAAGCCGGCCAUGAAGGUUCCAGGUAGUGCCUCAAGUGAUAGGCCAAUUUCUCACAUCCUACACACGCCCAAUGAAGAUACGACCAUGCCAGCUCCACUCACUCCAGUAAGAGUAGCUCCAAGCGGCUCGGCACAACCAAAGCUCAAUGCGUUUGCUCUCGAUGCUAUCAAGCGACAUCGUGCUUUUGUUGAGCAAGAAAUUGCUGCUUCGACCGAUGAAGAACGUUUGGAACUCUUUGCCAAUUUCAUGGUGCAUGAGUCUCGAUUGAGACGUGAUCGCUACUCGACCGCGUACAAUGCUAUGGCUGGCGAUAUCCUCGAUUUGACGCGAGACAUGUGGCGUUCGUUCGGCAAAGAAGGCCGACGUGCCGCAACUCCCAGCACCUCCAUGCCUUCGAUUGACCCAUCAGUGCCUGCCAUGGACUUUGGCGACAGCUUCGAGCGUAGUGACACGCGUCAAUGGGCUGAAUCUUUCAAACCUAGUCUUUCGCCGAUCCCGUCAAUGGCAGUCAGCACAGUGCCCGACGAAGGUAGCUCUCGUGGUCGACAGCCAAGUAGGUGGUUCGAGCAGAGCAACUCCGGUGGAGGCUCCAUUGGACGUCCAGACAGAAUGGAGAAGACAAGGCGCGAGACCAAGUACAUGGGCAUCAAUCCUGCAGAUCUACAGGGACUCGUCUCGCCUACGACUGAGCAGCAGACGCCCAUACCCGGGCCCAGCGGUGAUAACACCGGAUUGCCAGAUUACAGUGGCUAUGGGCCAGGUCAAUAUCCGCCCGAGAAGGUUGGGUGGCAUGAGAGCAUUGACUUGGAUACGCCAAUGCAAACACCACAUCGCGCAGUCGAGCGUAAAGCUUCUACGCCAGGCGUGGCGCCCUUGAAUGUGUCACGCCUGGUGACAUUGCCGCCACCCUACCCUCGACACCAUCCGGCGGUCAACAAUAGCCAUCCUGUACUUGCAGAGCUGCGGACUCAGCAUCGGCUGUUGGCUGACCACUCGGAGAUCCAGAAGAUCAAAGACUCAUAUCUCGACCAAGACUUUACUCUUGCUCGCGAACAACAGGAAAGCGCCAAAAAGCGACGAACGAAACUGCGAAUGAACAUUCAAAACCAAAUCGCUGAAGGUACCAUAUCUUUCGCCGAUGCGGCCAAGGCUGAAGCAGACUUCGAUAUUGACGAAGCCGAGCGUGGUAAGGCGACUGCUCGAUCUAACUUCGACGUUUUUGAGGCUGCAGUAUCACAUCCACUCAAUGCGCUGUUGACUGAGCGUCUGGAGAAAGCCGGUUCAAGCAUCACCCAGUUAAGACUCGAUCUUGAGAGCGGCCAUGAUUCGAACGAUCCAAACCGAGCUCAAGUGGAGGGUGACGAGCACCCAGAGCGAUUGGAGAAGUUGACUUUGCUGAAGUGGCUCUUUGAAGCACGUGAGCAACUGCACAAGGAGAUGUUUGACUUGCACGCCAUGAGGACCGAGAAGUAUUCAGAAGUGAUCUUGACACCGUAUCGAAUCUCGAAAGCGCAAGGGAAGAUCGACGAGGCGACAAAAUUUUUCAAGAAAGACAGCAUCGAACGCCAAAUGACGUACGCGAAGGAAUCAUUGAAGCGAUAUGAGCAUCUGCAAGGCAUCAUGGAGACGAACGUGUCACGUGGCGUCGAGGAUCAGCUCUCCGCUUUCUGGGACAUCGCUCCUGGCUUGCUGGAAGUCCUCCAGCAGAUCCCGGGAGAAAUGCUGGGUUUCGAAGUCCAAGUUCCCUUGCAGGAGUAUGACGAGAAUCCGUCAUAUCAUGACCACCCCCUGCAAUACCUCUACAGCCUGCUAGGGCAUGCGGAAAAGAGUGCUUACCAGUUCAUCGAAUCCCAAGUCAACCUGCUGUGUUUGCUUCACGAGGUACGCACGGCGACCACGAAAAGCCGACUGAGACUACUAGAGCUCGAGAGCGUGGCUGCUAGUCCAAAUUCUGCAGUCGCCUUGGAAGAAAUGGCUCAUGCUAAGAGGGAGGCGGAAGAUCACCUUACCCAGGAUCUCAAAGAAAAAGUCGGCGAAGUUGAGAACCAAUGGCAAGAGGCACUCGGCGCAAUUUUCAAUGAGGUCAAAGAUCGUGUGAGCGCUUUUCUGGAAGAAACUGGAGGUCUAGAAGAU